AUGUGGUGUCAUCGUCUCCUCACGGGCGCAGCCUGUGCCCGUCCGCUCUCGCGCCGCGUUGUUCCAUCGACACUUACGUCGGUCCAUUUGCCACACCUUUUCUCGGCGUUUUCUUCCUUCCAGUACCGACAUGCGCGGGCUAUUGCGCUCACGUACCACGACGGGACGUGCUCGUUGGCGGUCCCUCUACCCCUAAACGGUUUCGACGAAGAGCGGGUCUUUCGCCUUCCACUUGAGACCACGGUCGCCGAUGUGAUCCAUCAGAUUGAAGCCGAGGACGAGUCAGUGCAAAAUGUAGCCAUCCGGUCCACGCGAGGAAAACUGUUUGACCCGACGGAUUCGUUGCAGAAAGUCUUGACGGACGACUUUGAGCUGCUACUGAACGACCACGUGCUGCCUGUGCGUGCACCUGUGUUUACAGGCAAUGCGUACCUCAGUCUCAGUGAUGACGGCGACUUGGACGUCCGCUCGGUGGCGCAGAAGUCUGCCAUUAUUAUGCUGCGGAGCGACCUGGAGAGACUGGGCAAGUGGAAAAUCAGCUACUGGGACUUCGUCCAAAAGUGUGAGGAAAGAGGGAUUCCCAAGAAACAAGCGAUGGACGUACUGCAGGCCUUCCAUCAGUCCGGGAUUGUCUUCUUCUUUGGCAAGUCAGACGAUAAGGACUUGACCCAGUCCGUGUUUUUGCAGCCACGCAGUAUUUUGGACUCGUACUUGGAAUCCAUUGGACUGUCGCCAAUGUCGUCGCAGCUCUUUGAACAGCAGCGAGAGGCACUGCUGGAGAAGAUUCGGGCGCUGACGCCGGAGCACGUGGCACUCGUACACUUGCGCCGGGAGCUAGAGAGCGCGGCAACACGGCAAGCAGAUAUCAUUGCGUACGGACUGUCCACAUCGCUCGUCGGCGCUUUUGGACUGUACUUCUGGCUGUCGUUUAUUCACUUUUCGUGGGAUAUCAUGGAGCCAGUGACGUACUUUACAGGCUUUGGUGUCUCUAUUCUUGGCUACGCGUGGUGGAGUAUCACGAAUCAGGAAUACGAGUACGAGAACAUAUAUCACUACGUACACACUCGACGUCUUGAGAAGCAGAUGGCUAGGGCGAAGUUCGACCAGGACCGGUACGAUGCUCUGACGGAGGAGUUGCGCCAGACAAGGGACCAAGUGGUAGAGAUCGAGCUCGUACUCAGCAAGCCAACGCCUUUGAGAGCAAAGUAUUUGCAUCUGCUGGACAACAAGUGCGAGCUCAGACCGCCAGUAGUCGCAGUCUCACGCUCGCUGAAUAAGCAACAGCGUGAGUCAGUGUCGCUGUAG